UCCAGGUCAAAUGCUCUUACAGUCUUACCUCAAUAAAUGCGCUGCUACAACCCUAGGCAUGGCUAUUCCAUUGGUGAAACGACUACCAGAGGGCCUCUCCUCCAUUCAAGCCCGCCUCUGUAUCCAAGAUGGAAGAACAAAAAUCGGUGGAAUUGAACAUGGACUGUUUGGUGAAUGUGCUUGGAAGAGUGGAAAUGGAUUCAUUACUAUUUGCAGUUCCAUAUGUAUGCAAGUCGUGGUACAAAGUGAGCCUCGAUCCUGUGUGCUGGAAGCGUCUUGUUUUUCCUCACUUUGAACAGAUGGUUAUGAAAAGGUUCAUGGAGGUAUAUCAAAGUAUUGGACCCUUCUCUGUCACUUCAUUCAUAAAUUCUAUAGUUCGUCGUAGCAAUAGAUUGGCUACUGCCUUGGUGCUCCCCGAUUACUGCACAAAAGAGGCAUUGGAGUAUGCUGCUGAUGAGUGUCCUGCACUGAAAGUUUUGGAGCUGCCCAGUGAUCUACUUAAGAGAGAAUCAUCCAUUAUUCCAGAAUUAAUAAGCAAGUGGAGAAAUCUAGAACAGUUGAGACUUGAAAGACCCCCUAACUUGGAAGAAAUCCUACACCAAAUCAGCUGCCAUUGCAAGAACUUUUUUGGGCUAAGUGUUAUUGACUCUGAAGUUUGGGAAAAUGAAGUGUCAGCCAUUGUGUCACUGCCUAACAUUAAGUACUUGAUUUUAAGGGGAACAUUCAUUGAGCGGAAGAGUCUGGUGAUGAUAUUGCAAGGUUGCAAUAAACUUGAGCUUUUAGACAUUAGGGACUGUAUAGGUUUUGAGGGUGAUGACGAAUUAUUGAAUCUUGCCUCGCAUAUUAAUGCAUUCAAGCUUGGGGGUUCUACUCUUUCUAUUUGGCAUGACGAGUACUACUGUUCUUAUGAUUCUGAUUGUGGUUAUGAUUACUAUUAGAAUUUGGUUGGUUGAAUUUAGUUGGAGUUGUUAACCUUGAGUUGAUAUUUUAAGUUUAUUUUAUGUAUUCACAUAUAUGUUGAGAUGAAAAUACAUUUUUUUAAUAUUACUUAUAAAAUAUAUUUAUAUUCAAUUGGAUGUCAUAUUCAUCUAUUUGAGAGUUAUUUGUGUCACUUUCAUUAUUUAUUAGAUCUGAAAAAUCUCAUUAGAGGUUAGCAUUUCAUUUCAAAAGUCAGGGAUGUUUUCUUAAUUUCACCAAAUGUUAAGGGAGGUUAAUGGUUUUUUCCAUGAUAAAGCCUUGUUCUCAAAAUCUAUGAAUAUAUAUAGAUUUAAUGGCAGUUUGAGUGCCCAUUUCUGAAUCAUAAAAAGUUUGUUAUGUUUUCAGUGGAAUUUGUUUAUGAUCAGUCAUGGAAUCCUCUGUUCUUCUAUUAGUAUGUGUAGUAUGUGGAUCCUUCAAAUUACCAAAUGAAGGUUCCCAAUUCUCUUCACAAAUUAAUAGUUUGUAGUGAACUCAUAUCUUCUGGAAACAUGUUUCUCUUGAUUGCUAACUGUAUAUGUCAAACUUAAGAAGAUAAAAGGCACAAUAAAUCAUAGAAAUUUGUGUUAUGGGUUGUUUGGAUAUAAAUCUUUAUUUAGGAGUUCACAACCUUGACUGAAAAUACCUGAAAGAUGGAAUAUUGAAGGUGAGAUUGGACUUGGUAAGCCAAAUAAGAUCUUAUAUUUCCUUGGAUUAUUAUGUUUCAGUAUAAUAAAUAAACCCAAGCAUUGUCAUCUGCCCUCUUUGCUUGCUUUUUUUGUACAAUGUUAUGUUUUAGCUUUUCUCCUUUUUUAUCCAAGGAGGUUAAACAUUUCAUAAUUCUUGAUUCUUUAGGUUUUUUGUCGCUUACUAAGCCUUAUUUUACAUCUAAAAUGAUGUCAACCACUACACCUGCUUAUAUUUCUUCUGUCACUAUUUUAAGCAUGGAGGAGGAGAUCAGCUAAGCUUGUGAAGAUGCUGGGAAUGGCUUACCAUCACAAGGACAUGUUAUUGAGAUAACAAUUCCUUCUUUCUCAAAGACUAUUUCUCCCUUGGUUCUAUGAACCAUAUCAUCCUUAUGCAUUUAUAUAUUUGCUGUAAUCUUCGAGUAUUUCAUUAGGUUAUCCAUGUUGAUUAUUACUAUACAUUUGGAUGAGUGCAAAAGGUAGGUCUCUUUUCAGUCAUGCUGUGUAUUGCUCCAUCCAUGGAAAAUGUAUUCAAUGAUAAUUGCAUAUCUUUCCAUGUGCCGUUGCUUACGUAUUUCAGUCUUAUCCUUCCCAAACAGGGCCUUCCAGUCUCUGAUAUUGGUGGAGAGCUCAGCACUUCUGGCAAAGCAUUCGUAAGGAUCAAUAUAAUUCUAAAUCUCAUUAACAUUAAUAAUGGUUGUAAUUGACUUGCAUUUUAGAAGCACUCUCUCAAAAUUUUCAGUGGCAUGGUUUCACUGUUGCAUAUACGACGUUGGCUUCUAUUAUUGCAUAGAGGAAGAAUAACAGAAUUGUACCA